AUGUAUCUGCACUUGGCGACGAGGAACAUGUACAACGUGGCAUUUAGUGCCCUACAGCGAUGUUUAGACAUGAUCACCACGUCGUCGCAGGGACAUGUGGCUCCCGACGAGCAAGACGAGCGCCUGGAGGCGUCCUCGAGGGCUCAUUUCCAGCUCGUGUCAGUCAUACAGCUGUGCUCGUACAUUUUCAACCGACAAAACCAGGCUGUGGAAACCUUGUCGAGAAACCACAGCAGAGUGUCGCGCAUCCUGAUGCUGCGCGAGCAAGACUCCAGGCAGUCGGUCUCUUUUGAUGCCAUUGCCGGGCUAAAAACAGAAGUAGAGCAACAGUUGAAGCAGCUUCAUCAAAGUUUAUGUAGGGCAUAG